AUGAGUGGUCGUGAUGGCGAGAACGUUUCGGUAUCAAAAUCAUCAUCAACUCCUUCGUUAUCGAAGUCUUCUAGUUCGGUUUCAUCAAGUUAUGCAAUACCACAAAAGAAUAACAAAUUAAUGAACGCAUCUAUUACCAACUAUGAUGAAGAAGCAGGAUUUACACCUCCGAUGCUUUCAACCUCUCCCGAUGUGAGCAUGGCUCGGUCACCAAGCAAAAGUAACAAAUCUACGUUAAGCAAUAGCGACAGCAAUAAUAGUUUAUCAACAUCAGGUGAUUUGAAAUGCACAACCCGAUGGAUUGAAUGCAUUCUGGUUGCAACUUUUGAUAUUGAAUUGGGUCAAAAAAUUCAACAAGUAUAUCCGCGAGAUUAUCCACUUUCUCAGCAACAACUUUCAGAUAUUGCUUAUUUAUCAUUUCCUGAUGGCAAUAACCAAACCUCUACAUCUGGAGGAAGCUCGGAAAAGCCAGUCACCUGCACUUGGGCAUUUCGCACGAGUGAGGACAUUUUUGGAUAUGUACACUUUUUACAGCAACAGGAUUCAACAAUCAAACGAGGAUGCUCAAUGACCUCUAUCAUUAUUCUAACCAAAUAUCCUUUUAUCAAACUGUACAGAUAUUUAGUGCAAAAAAUUGCAACUCUAUAUUUUGCAGAGAUGGAAAAGCAAAAAACUUUACAGCAACAAAAUGCAGCAGAGUCGGUUUCUGACACAACCAUGAAUGGUACAUUUAUUUUUGAAAGCGCAUUUAGGCAGAUCAAUAACUGGAUUCUGCCCAAAGUAGAUGCACAUUUUGAGUUACCAUUUUUCGAGCAAAAAAUCAAAUACCGAUCGCCAUUAUUUAUUCCUUCGUCUCAAUCCAUACAAAACAGGCUUAAUCAGUUAAGGCCUCGAGAUGGUGGUGGAGUUUCCUCAGUGACACCACUCAAAGAACGAUUGCUUGGAAGAAAGUAUCCUUAUCAACAAGAGGUCAACAUUUACAGAAAUUUCAUCAAUCAUGAUUUGGAAAAUUUAGCCAAAUUUUGGGAACUCGUUCUAAUUGGAGAGCCUAUUCUGGUUCUUUCUCCGACACCAACCCAGUGCUGUGUUUCAGUGUUUUCGCUAGUAUCCAUGAUUGCCCCCGUUCCAUAUGGCGGUGAUAUUAGGCCAUAUUUUACUGUACAUAACCAAGACUUUAAGUAUUUUUCGCAAAUGGGAGGCCAUCAAGGGUUUACAUCAGCCAUAGUGGGUGUAACUAACCCCUUCUUUAUUAAGGCUUAUGAAAAUUGGCCACAUAUUAUAACAGUUGGUAAACAGUACAACACCAGCACAAUGAAGAAAUCAGCUUCUACCAACAAUACAUCAAACACGCUCACCACCAACAAGAUUGUAUCAUUUUUCACUAAUAUUGAUAAUGAAUCUAAUGAAAGAAGAAAACAGCUCAUGUGGGACUACAAGGAGACAUUUAUUUCUAAAAAGAAGUCGUUCAUUGUCACUGAUAUUGAUUUGAGUAGCAUAAAAUUACUUACAGAUAAUAUUCAUGAAAGUGACAGAAAUUCAGCAGACACCAUCAACAAUGACCAAAUCAGAAAAUUUUUUGAAGAAUUAACAGAAGUAUUCCUUCAUCCAAUUCAUCAGUGUUUUGAUACAUUGGUGUGUUCAAUGAAGACCUUCAUUGUACGGUCUGAACAUGCUAAAGUAUUCAAGACUGAAAAGUUUAUCAAUUACGUGAAGAAAAAUGGAUAUAACGAGAAGGUUUUCAAAGCAAACAAAUCUGCCAUGCUUGAAUUCUACAAAAAAUUUAUUUAUUCAUCCAAUUUCAAGACCUUUUUGGAACAUCGAUUAAGGGAAGCAUAUGUGAACGAUGUUCAACAUACAGAUAUCAACGAAUUUUUGAAGAAUGAGAAAUUCUCAGAUAUUGAUCUUAUUGAUCUCUUUCUUCAAAUCAAACAAGAUCUUGCAGAAGAAAUCAAAACCUAUGACGACGAUGUUAUUGUAGUACGAUUACAACUCUUCCUGUCACAAAUUCUAGAUCGUUUGCCUGAUACUCUGAAAACUCAUCUUGAACGACAACUCAACAACAUGUACGAAGAUUUAAGGGAUUGUUGA